UUAUACUAGAUUUUAGUCCGGUGUCAUCGGGAAAGCAAACAAGGCAGUAUUUAAAAAUGAUAUUUUGUCUGUGUUGGCAUAUUAUUAUAGAGUGUCCUUGCUUUCCCGUCGAUGAACACCUAUAAUAGUUGUGACACUGCUCCGUAUAAGUAGGCAUAUCAUUAUUGCAUUGUAAACAUCGACAAUACCGCCGCCGUUGACAGGCUUGAGGCGCGUUGGAUCAUUUUGACGUGCUCGGGCGCUGUGCAACUAUAUAUCUAUGUACAUGGGUAUACGUAGAGGUAUCGAAAAAUAAUAUAGUCCGAUGCACCUGCUGAUUAGUAUUUUUUAUAUUUUUAUUUUUUUUUAACCAAAAUUCGUGUUACACGCUUUCGUGUGACGUCGUAGUUGCGGCGUAGAGAAUAAAUGUCUAAAACCUUUGGCGACGUUCAACGAUGAUAAAAAAAUAAUAAUAAUAAAACCGUGUCAUCUACGCGUUCACACACGCGCGCGUAUAUGUAUACUUAUGUGCGUGUAUGCGUACAAAUACUCACUGUGUACACACACUCACACAGACACAGACACAGACACAGACACAGACACAUUCAAGACGUAGAUAUAUCCACGAGGAUCCGGUGCGGCGGAUAAGAGGUUGUCUUAUCUACGACGCCUUAGCGGCCGUCGUCGGUGCGGCGUUUCGGAUCGGUCGUUCAGUGCGUCGUUCGACGGCACAGCGACAAACUCGCGCAGUGUGUUCGACUUUAUUGAUAUCGAUUGAUUUUGGAUCGGGAAAAAAAAAACACUAAAACAAAUACGAUUACCACCGAUCGACCGAUAACCGCAAACACGACCACCGUUCGAUCGCCACGCACACGAAUCCUGCCGAAGCGCCGACCAUGUACCACGCGCACCACGAACACGACGUCUUGACCGGAGCCGAUCCGAUGGUCUUACAGCAACACCAUAACCAUCAUCAGGACCAUCACGGGACCACGUUUAUGCCGGUCAUGAACGAUCAACAGCAGCAGCACAACCAUCAACAGCACCAUCACCAUCACCUGCAGCAGCAGCAGCAGCAGGACCAACAGCACCACGAAGAGCAAAUAAUUCUACAGCAACAGCAACUUCAACAUCACCACCACCACAUCGAACCGACCGAUACUAGCGUUGCCCUGGUCCCUUUCGGCCCGCAGGAACCCGUAGGGGGCGGCGGCGGCGCGACUCAAACGGUCGGGGCUUACGAGACCAGCUGUUGGCAGAUACUUCCACCAGAUUACCCGUACGACGACGACUUGAGAUACGACAGGCUUUUGGACAGUAUAAAAAUGCCGAGCAGUCAAACACGACCGUCCGGAUUCCACAUAUGCGACAUAUUGGACUUGAACGAUGGAAAAGUAAACUCCACCGACAAUACGAACACAACACUGAGUUCCCAUAUAAACGCUCCCGACGUGCACAACGUAAGCACGGGCUUCCAGUUCCCCAGCGUUUUGCAAUCAUCCACAGAGUUGUUACACCACUGGCCCACGUCGCUCACCGAACUCCGAGGAUUCGGAAUGAACCAUCACGGGGCCCAGCAAGCCAGCCCGGACAGCACGUCUCCCGGGGUGACGGACCUCACGGACACGUCGAGCACGCCCAGUGGACUGGCGGCCGACACUUCGAACGCCAACGCCAACGUCAGCGGGGGCGGCGGUCCCGGUUCCGUGGCCGGCGCCGGCGCCAAGGACGAACCUUCCGAGCCGGAAGGCGACGAUAUGGAUGACGACUUCGACGACGAGUCGGGCACCGCGGGCGGCGAACAGGACCGGUCCGGUUCGUCCGGCGCCGGCGGUCACCCGUCCGAUAUCAGCGGCGGUGGCGGUGGCGGCGGAGCGGUGCACAAAAAACGCAAGCGCCGCGUCCUGUUCAGCAAGGCCCAGACGUACGAGCUGGAGCGCAGGUUCCGGCAACAGCGGUACCUGUCGGCUCCCGAACGCGAACACUUGGCUUCGAUCAUCCGGCUGACUCCCACGCAGGUGAAAAUCUGGUUCCAGAAUCACAGGUACAAGACUAAACGGGCGCAACAGGAGAAGGGCAUGCACGUGGACCAUCACGCGGCGGCCGCGGCUAACGCUCUGUCUUCGCCGAGGCGGGUCGCCGUGCCCGUGCUGGUCCGGGACGGCAAACCGUGCACCAACCAGCAGCCCGGUGUCGGCGGCAAGGCCGAACAGAUGGUGUUGCCGUCGUACUCGCAUCCGCUGAUGCACGGCCAGACUCCCAGAACGUGGUGGUAGUCGUACAACCACGACCGCGGUACAUAAUAAUAGUAUAGUGUGUGGUCGUCGCGACGGCCAGUAUUGUCUUCCUAUGUAAUAAUAAUAAUUAUGAUAAUAAUAAUAAGUAACGUAUAAAUCCAUAUAAUCAUGUGUUAAGCGCAUAAUAUUAUAUUAUAUUAUAUACCUACCUGUCAAAAAAAAAAAUAUUUAAAAACAUAUUAUUUAUUAUAUCUUCCGACCGUCGUUAUAACAUCAUAAUUUAA